AUGGGGCGGCACGGGGAUAGUGGGGGCAGGGGAACCACCACAAUAGAGGAAGAAGAGGGGAGGUGGGGGCACGGGAAUGGUGGAUCUGAUGGGGGAAGAAGGAGGGAGGUGAUAGGGACGGCAGAUCCAGCGGGAAAAGAAGGGGGAGGUAGUGGAGAUGGCGAGAGAACUACUACAAGGAAGAAGAGGGGAGGUGAGGGCAUGGGGAUGGAGGAUUCGAUGUGGGGAUGGCGACAUGAGGACGGGGGUGGUGGUGGAACCACCACGGUAGGAGAAGAAGAGGGGAGACGGGGUCGUAGGGAUGGGGGCACGGGGAUGGGGGAUCCGAUGGGGGAAGAAAAGGGAGAUGACAGGGAUGAUGGAUCUGAUGGGGGAAGAAGGAGGAAGGUGGUGACGGAAA